UUUUAGUUUGCAACGACAUGAAUGUUUGAAUAAAUAAUUCAUCAAAGAAACUGAAGUUCAGCAGAAACACCCAGGAAUAAUUUUGAAAAACUGAUUUUAUUUUUGCCGCUUGAAAAACUUGACCGCAAAAUGUCAAAUGAACCUCAUUGCUGUGAAUCCAAGAAUUGUAUGGGAUCAAGGUAUAACGGAUGGUCAUUGAAUUGCAUAUUUUGCCACAAAAAAAUAUAUGUUGAAUGCCUGCGCAAUCGAGAUGCACAACGAACAAAGGGAAUGUUGAUUAAAUUCGGAUUGAUUGAAAAAAUCACAGAGGAAAAUGGUACAAUCAGCUGGAAUAUUCAGAAUGACACGAACAAACUAUCCGAAUUCUAUUCAACAUUCAACGUCGAUUCACCGUUUGGAUUGACAUGUGAGUUCUGCAAAUUAAAAUUCUCACAGCAACUUCCAACAGAGAAUGAGAACAGAAAUUCACACCAAUCGGCCGAAACGAGCAAAAACCAACAAAAGAAUAUUGAAACACCACAAAUAUCACCUGUGAACGGUGUAUAUGCCAUUCACGUAUCACGAAUGCCAAAAGAAACCACAACCGAUGAUGUUGCUGCUCUUAUCAUAGUCUUACCAGUUGAAACCGAUGCCAUGAAAAAGAAGAGACAAAAUCCGAAGCCACAACAAAAUGUACAGCGACAAGUAAAUUCUAAUCGGAAUCAUCGCAACAACAACAACUAUAACAACAGAAAUAUCUAUGAGACACAUCAAAACAAUCACAUCGAUCGAAGGAGACUUGUCAAUGGGAAUGGGCGUCGUCGUCAUGAAUAUCGUCCACAAUACCGAGAGAGGCAGAUACCGGUCAAUAAUUUCAGACACCAUCAACAACAGCCGUUGCAGCAAUUACCGAUUAAUCCGCAGUUUUUGCCAAACAGCAAUUAUUCUUUUUGGAAUGGAACACCGUAUCACAUUAUGCCACCUCAAAUGUACACUCACAACACAAUGCCAAUACAAAUGAUCCAACCAUUACACACACAUCCAAUGUACCAGCCCUUUUAAACAUAUCGAACAUGCAUCAACAGACUCGAAAUCAAGGAAUUCCAUAUUGCUUAGUGCAUUCGCAAAAUUGUAAUGGCCUGAAAAGCAGAUUGCCUCAAUUCAAUGCUGAUGUACUAACAAAUAACGCAAAAAUUUACAUGAUAUGUGAGGAUAAACUCGACGAUUCGGUCAAUUCUUCGGAGGUAU